AGAUUACUUUGAAAGACAACACAUUUCUGAGUCUGUCAGCUUCAACCUGAAAUUAAGUGCUUAACUAUUAUGGCUGCUGAUGGAAAAAUUGUAAAUCGUAAGAACCACUUGACUGCAGAUACGUUUUCCGUCAAUUGACUUCCAUUUUAUUACAUAAAAUUUAUUGUGAUGGUAAAACGAUGUAAAGUAUAAUAAAUCGUGAUAUUUAUUUAUGACACAUGAAAGUUUUUCCGCCAAUAAAAUGUUAUUU